AUGGUGGUGAACUGGAAGAACCACGAGAGCACAGACCGUCUCAUUGGAUCUCUACUUGCAGCCCACCCAGAUCUCAAGCUCGACUAUCACGCCAUGGCUGUCCUGUUUGGACAAGGAGCGACAUACGACUCGAUCGAGGGCCGAUUCCGCCGCUAUCGAAAGGUAGCAGACGAGCUGAGAGACGAAGCCCAUGGUCGUGGCAUCUCAGAUAUUCCCCGCAACGCAGGGCGCAGCUAUGCGUCUGCUAGAAGCGCCACCUCAACUCCUAGAACUCCUCGAGCCCGACGAGGUGGAAUCACCAAGAGCACCCCGUCAUCCGGCAGAACCAGGAAUUAUCGCCAGACACCAACUAAGCAAAACACGAAGCCUGGUACGUCUGUCAUGGAUGCGAUCUAUGUUAACGAUGUCGACAUAGAGGAGAAAGAGUCGAAGGUUAAGCCUGAGAUUCAUGAUGUUCUUUCUGACAGCGGGGAAGAAGAUGUCAAGAUUGUUGAUUCUCCUAGCAUCAAUAGCAUCAAGAUCAAAAAGGAAAGAGCUGAGCAUAACAUGGCCGGUGUCUUUUCUACCAUGACCCCCAAAAAGGAGGAAGAAACUAGCGACUUUGUAACCAGUGCUGUCUCGACUCGUACGAGUGGUAUUGAGGGUCAUGACGACGACGAAGAAGCAUGUUACCAUGCCGGGAUGACUGAGAAUCCAUUCUGUAUGAUCGGGAGUUACUUCAAACAGGAACAUGACGGCAACAUGGACGACAUUUAUCGCGGAGAAGCUUAG